GUCAAGGCACCCGAAGGCAAGUCGUGCUCCCGACAUUCGCGGGUCAGCGCCCCGGGAGCCCACGUUGCUCUGCCGGUCCUUCAGACUCAGCGAUAGCCUGCCGAGCGCGUGGUGCUCAGUCAUUGCGGAGCUACCAGCGAUAGCUGCGAACUCAGGGGAUCCUCUGUGCCAUCCGGUCCCCGCCGUCGGGGCGUCUCUGGAUGCGAGUCCCCUGAGAUGGCUUCGCGCAGCGGGCUCCUCUGGCUGCUGUGCACGGCUCUGUGUGCUUUGGGCGGCUGUCACGGCCCGCGUCCCCCGUACGUCUUUCCCCAGCGUCGCCUGGGAGUACACGAGCGCCGAGAUCUGCAGCGAGAGAUCCUGGCGGUGCUCGGGCUGCCUGAGCUGCCCCGACCCCGUGUGCCACCCGCUGUCUCCCGACAGCCAGCGUCCGCGCCGCUUUUCAUGUUGGACCUGUAUCACGCCGUGGCUGAUGGCAAUGACGACGGUGUGCCCCCGCAGCCCCACCUGGGGCGCUCCGACCUCGUCAUGAGCUUCGUCAAUAUGGUGGAGCGCGACCGUACCCUGGACUACCAGGAGCCGCACUGGAAGGAAUUCCGCUUUGACCUAACCCAGAUCCCUGCUGGGGAGGUUGUCACAGCUGCUGAGUUCCGGAUAUAUAAAGAGCCCAGCACCCACCCGCUCAACACAACCCUCCAUGUCAGUAUGUUCGAGGUGGUCCAGGAGCACUCCAACAGGGAGUCUGACUUGUUCUUUUUGGAUCUUCAGACGCUCCGAUCUGGGGACGAGGGCUGGCUGGUGCUGGACAUCACGGCAGCCAGUGACCGCUGGUUGCUGAACCACAAGAAGGACCUGGGACUCCGCCUCUAUGUGGAAACCGAGGAUGGGCACAGCAUGGAUCCUGGUCUGGCAGGUCUGCUGGGACAACAGGCACCACGCUCCAGACAGCCUUUCAUGGUUGGUUUCUUCAGAGCCAGCCGGAACCCUGUGCGGACCCCUCGGGUAGUGAGGCCACAAAGGAAGAAGAGGCAGCUAAAUAAAACCAUCCAGACGCAGCACUUGAAUAAACACCUAGGAAUCUUUGAUGAUGGCCACAGCUCCCAAGGCAGAGAUGUUUGCCGUAGGCAUGAGCUCUACGUCAGCUUCCGGGACCUCGGCUGGCUGGACUGGGUCAUCGCCCCCCAAGGCUACUCAGCCUAUUACUGCGAGGGGGAGUGCAAUUACCCACUGGGCCACCGAAUGAACUCCACCAACCACGCCACCAUGCAGGCCCUGAUACACCUGAUGAAGCCAGAAGUCGUCCCCAAGGUGUGCUGUGUUCCCACCGAGCUGAGUGCCAUUUCUGUGCUCUACUACGACAGCAGCAACAACGUCAUCCUGCGCAAGGAGCACAACAUGGUGGUCCAGGCCUGCGGCUGCCACUGAGUCCGCAGCCUGCUGCCGUCACCCUGUUUAUCUGGUUAGCCCCUCUGACCAGGAAAUGAAAUUAAUAGAUCCUAUCAGAUCCAAGGCCAAGGUGGAAGGUGGGGGCUUUCAACUCAGGUCCAUGUUCUGCCCUUUCACAGGCUUGGCCCUUUCCUGGCCCCUCUGUUCCCUUCCUCUGCCCGAGGGUGGGAAGAUGGUCCUGGUUAUAAUCCUGUUGACCUACCUGAGUCCCCAAGCAACAGGCCGUCUCCACCCCUCCCCCAGGAGCAUCUAUUAAAUGUCCUUUGGGAUUGGCACAGAAAUCUAAUUUACCCACCUAUUCGUGAUGACUACUGGCUCAGCCUGAUUUGAAUACGGAGCACUAAAUGGACCUCGGGCUCUUUAGUAUCCACCAGAGGCCUUAGGUGUGUGCAGACAUGAACAACUCCCUCCAUUACUCCAUAGCCUGUGCCCUGGAGGUAUAAAACCAGAUUUCUGUAGAAGGGUUAUUAAAAAAACAUGGGAAAGCCAGGGAUAGUGAUAUACACUUAGUACUUGGGAGACUGGAGUAGAAUUACCAUGAGUUCAAGGGCAGCCUAAAAUAUAUUUCAAGAUCUUUCAAAAAACAAAGAUAGCAACCAAGCAGAACCCUAGUGUAUUUAUGGAUGUCAGUAACUAAACCUCUGGCCACAGACAGGCAUAGGAGACCAACUGGUGAAAAAUCUGUUGUGGAUUUGACAUCUGGAUUCGAACAUUGUCAUUAAAGGAAAUUCAUAGUCCUCAUUUCUGCCUUUGUGCAGCCAUCAGAGGCAGGCACACAACUCGGCAAUAGCCACAAAAAUAAAACUGCUGUCUUGGAGCUGGAACAGAAGUGUCGUGGGCAAGAUUACCCCAGAAGAGAAGCCAAGGAGCCUUAAGGAAAGAGGCCCCUUCAGGUGCUCACGGUCCAUGCAGUGGCGGGCAGCAGGGCAGGGGUUGCAUGCUGAGGAUGGGAAACAGCACAGCUAUGCUGCGGGGCGAUCUCACCCAGGCCCCAGAGCCAUGCUGGACUCCUGCCUGGCAGAGGACCAUGAUUUCAGCCCCAGCUAUCCUUCCAGAGCUGUCUUCCCUGAAAACCCCAGCACACUGAGGCUUGGUACGCUACUGCCGAUA